GAAUACGCAAAGGGUUUGAAUAUCUAUACUACGUCGUUGAUAAGAAAAUCUAGUAGUAGUGUCUGCAGGUAACUUCCAAGUUCCUAGAAACAGCUCAACCAUAUUUGGGUGAGACGGAGCCUGCGGCAUGGAAGUGACGAGAGACCCCAAUUCAAACGAUUCAGACUCAGAACUCGAACUCUACACAAUCCCUAGCUCUUCCGGAUGGUUCGCGUGGGACGAAAUCCACGAAACGGAGAAAACGGCUUUCAAGGAAUUCUUCGACGGAACCUCGAUAUCUCGAACGCCGAAGAUAUACAAAGAGUACCGAGACUUCGUCAUCAACAAGUUCAGAGAAGAGCCUUCGAGGAGGCUCACAUUCACCGAGGUGCGAAAAUCGCUGGUCGGUGAUGUCACGUUCCUGCACAAGGUCUUCCUCUUCUUGGAAACCUGGGGUUUGAUCAACUACGGCGCCCCUUCAGGUGCGGAUGCGGAGAAGGAGGAGGAGGAGGAGGGGGAAGAGAGAUGCAAGGUUCGCCUCGAUGAAGGGGCUCCCAAUGGGAUUCGCGUCGUGGCCACGCCGAACUCGUUGAAACCCAUGUCUGUGCCUCGCAGUACCAAGAGUGGUGGUGGUGGCAAUGCGAGUGUUGGGGCUUCUAUCAAAUUGCCGCCUUUGGCGUCCUACUCGGAUGUUUACGGCGAUUUGAUUCGGCAGAAGGAGUUGAAUUGUGGCAUUUGCGGUGAAAAAUGUGGUUCUGGACACUACCGAAGUAACCAGGAUAAUUUCAUUAUUUGUACAAAUUGUUUCACUAAUGGAAAUUAUGGGGAGAAAAGGUCUGCAGAGGAUUUUGUAUUAAGUGAGUCAACUGAAAAUAAUGGCAAACAUGGUACUGUCUGGACUGAGGGAGAAACUCUUCUCCUUUUAGAGUCUGUUUUGAAGCAUGGGGAUGACUGGGACCUUGUUGCUCAAAGUGUUCAAACCAAGACUAAACUUGAUUGUAUCUCAAAACUCAUUGAGCUGCCUUUUGGGGAGCUCAUGUUGGGCCCUGCUCACAGAAAUGGUAACAAUAACAGUGCUAAUGGCAUUAUGAACAAUGCAAAACAAGUUCAGUCAUCUUCAUCUGACCACCAAGAAAUUUCAAAGACGAAGGAUCAAUCUCCUGAUGAUCUUACAAAUGAAAAUGAGCAGAAUGGAGAUGCUAUGCAAGAAAGUCCUUCAAAAAGACAACGUGUUGCUGCCCUUUCAGAUUCCAGCACUUCGCUCAUGAAGCAGGUGGGACUGAUCUCUACUGUGGUUGACCCUCAUAUCGCAGCUGCUGCAGCUGAUGCUGCUGUUUCAGCACUUUGUGAAGAAAACUUGUGUCCAAGGGAGAUAUUUGAUGUUGAAGAGGACUAUGCUUCUCAUGUGAACUCUGUGAAUAGUUAUUCAGAAAGAUCCCUUGAGGGUGAAGGUUUAGAUAUGGAGAGGUCCACUCAUUCAGAAGUGGAUGACGGAUGGUCGAAGGAUGGCAUACCAUUGACACUGCGUGUAAGAGCUGCCAUUGCAACUGCUCUUGGAGCUGCUGCUGCUCGAGCAAAGUUGCUGGCAGACCAGGAAGAGAGAGAGAUUGAGCAUUUAGUUGCAACUAUAAUUGAAGCACAGAUUGAGAAAUUGCAACGCAAGGUUAAGCAUUUUGAUGAUCUGGAGCUGUUGAUGGAAAAAGAACACACUGAAAUGGAAAAUGUAGAAGAUUCUCUCUUGACUGAACGGAUUGAUGUGUUACGGCAAACAUUUAGAUCUGGAAUCACUAGAUGGAAGGAUUAUUCUUAUGUAAAAUCUUAGAUCAGUUUGUAUGUACGCGUAUAGUUUUGGUGCUCGAUGGCGUACAAUUGGACUAUCAUUUUACAUCAGGGCCAAUGAUGUACUGUGUAAUUUAUUAUUAAUUAUACCAUCGAACCCUCCAGACUCCAUUAAUUAGGUAACGGCUUUUAGAAGGUUCUAUCUUAGAUACCAUAGAACCGUUUUCGGGAAGUUGACCUAGUUUUGAAAACUUUUCCGAGUA